AACCGAUCCCUCCUUUCUCCAAUUCACCGGCCAUGGUCGAAAGGGAGCAAGUCCGGCCGCUAGCUCCGGCCAGUCACCGCCUCAGCAGCGAGGAUGAUAAGGUGACCAACCACCUCAGCCGCCUCCGCCGUCGCAGAUGCAUCAAGUGCUGGGGCUGCAUCGCCGCCACCAUCCUCAUCCAAGCCGCCGUCGUCAUCAUCCUCGUCUUCACGGUCUUCCGAGUCAAAGACCCAGUCAUCAAACUCAACGGCUUCACAGUCGACAAGCUCGAGCUCAUCAACGGCACUACCACCCCUGGCCCCGGCGUCAACAUGUCCCUCACCGCCGACGUCUCCGUCAAGAACCCCAACUUCGCUUCCUUCAGGUACAAAAACACCACCACCACCCUCUUCUACCGCGGCACAGUCAUCGGAGAAGCUCGAGGGCCACCGGGACAGGCCAAGGCCAGAAGAACCAUGAAAAUGAACGUGACUGUUGAGAUCAUUUCCGAUUCUCUCAUGUCGAAUCCGAGCUUGCUAACAGAUAUUUCUUCUGGGAUUCUGCCCAUGAACUCGUAUUCCAGGGUUCCUGGGAGGGUGAAGAUGCUGAAAAUUAUCAAAAAGCACGUGGUGGUGAAGAUGAAUUGUUCGAUCACAGUGAAUAUUACGAGCAGAUCGAUUCAAAAACAGAAGUGUAAGAGGGAUGUGGAUCUAUGAAAUUUUCUGGGUUCGUGUUUUUUCA